AUGGCUUUUGGUGGUGCAAGCAGAUGCAAUCCGUUUUUGCUUCCCGCCUAUCACCACGUCUCUUUCGAGUCCGAUCGAUCCCCUAAUCGCGCCCUCUCGCCGCCCAUCUCCAGCAAGUCGAGUAGCGGCAGCAGCAGCGGUAGCGGUAGUAGCAGCAGCAGCAGCAGCACCGGCACCAACAUAUAUCAAGCGGCUACCUCUGCCGCUUGCCUCGGCAACCGGGACCAUGUCUUCUUCGACACUGUCCCACCCCGCAAAGCAAUCGGAUCCUGCUCCUCCUUCCUCCUCCACGACAGCGACUCCUGUACCAUCAACAUCGGCUGCAUCGACUCCCGCACCUGCAGUGACCGCCUCGACACCAUCGUCGUCCGCGCAGCCGUCGGCCUCCGCUUUCAAAGCUGA